AUGGGUUUCGGUAUAUUCCUCUUGUUUACGCUAAUCUUCGGCGGCAUAGGAGGUGUGGCGCCUAUAUUCCUGCCGGAGUCACCGCACAGACCUAUCAUGAAGCUGAUGCUGAUGGCCGGAUCAGUUUGCUGUUACGCCAUGUGGUUGACCACAUACUUGGCUCAACUCAACCCACUGUUUGGUCCGCAGAUCAGUAACCAGACAAUGGCUCUCAUGUGGAAAGUGUGGUCAUAG